GGCAGCGGUACGCCGUGUAGAGUCUAGACUACCGGAAACAGGAAGAAAGAGAGAACAGGCUGUAUGACGUGGAAGAAGAAGAAGAAAAACAACAACAACAAUGGCUGCCGACAGUGAUCCCGAGUCAGAGGUGUUUGAGAUCACCGACUUCACCACCGCGUCAGAGUGGGAACGGUUUGUGUCCAGAGUGGAGGAAGUGCUAAAUGACUGGAAACUGAUCGGGAACUCUGCAGGAAAGUUGUCUGUAGAGAAGGGUGAAUACACCAGUGGCACGUGGGGGGAGAAGUCUCAGGAUAUAAAUUUUGCUGACUUUAAGUUCUUCAUAACUCACUACUUCCUGAAACAAGAAUCUGAGAAGGAUGAUGGGAAGGACAAGCAUGAGGAAGAUGCCUUCCCCCUGGCGAUGCAGGACCUUCUGUGUAUGAACAAUGAUUUCCCUCCUCGAGCCCACUGCCUGGUCAGAUGGUAUGGUAUGCGAGAGUUUGUGGUCAUCUCCCCUGGAGCCAACUGUGAGGCCAUUGUCAGUGAGUCCAAAUGCAAUCUGCUCCUCAGCUCCAUCUCCAUUUCUCUGGCCAACAGCGGCUGCCAGGUGCCCAUGUUUGUUCAGACCCAGCAGAAGUGGAGACGGAUGUAUGCUGGAGAGUGCCAGGGACCGGGUGUGCGCACUGACUUUGAGAUGGUGCAUCUCCGCAAGGUGCCGAGUCAGUACAACCACCUGUCAGGCCUGCUGGACAUCUUCAAGGCAAAGAUAGGUUGCACUCUGUCCCCUCUGCCGCCGAUCAACAUCGCGAUCCGUUUCACUUACAUCCUCCAGGACUGGCAGCAGUAUUCAUGGCCGCAGCAGCCUCCAGACUUUGACACACUCCUUGGAGGUGAGGUGGGAGGGGUGGAGUUUGGGAAGCUUCCUUUUGGAGCCUGCGAGGAGCCAAUCAGUGAACUACACCUGGCGACUACGUGGCCUCACCUGACAGAGGGCAUCGUUGUGGAUAAUGAUGUCUACAGUGACCUCGACCCCCUCCAAGCUCCUCACUGGUCGGUCCGAGUCAGGACAGCUGAAAACCCUCAGUGUUUACUGGGCGACUUGCUGACAGAGUUCUUUAAGCUCUGCUGUAGGAAGGAGUCCAGUGAAGAGAUUCUGGGAAGAAGACUGGCUGAAGACGAGGGCAAAGAAAAUAGUGACAUCACCUCUGCUUUAUCGAAGCUGACAGAACCAGCAGCACCUGUACCGAUCUCCAAACUGUCUGUCAGCAACAUGAUGCACAGCGCCAGGAAGCACAUCCGACGCCACAGACGCAUUGACGAGUCACCGCUCAACACGGAUAUACUCAAUUCUGUCCUUCUGUAUCUCUUCCCGGAUGCUGCUGUGGAGAAGUCAUCAGACAGCAGCAAGAAUAAAACGACACAGUCAAACUCCUCUGGGAAAGCAGAGCAGGAUAAAAACUCUGACUACAACCUUUUCCUCCAGCUGAAGUCGGCGCCCAGCGACAGUCUGACCUACCGACUGGCACUGUGUGUGUGUCUGGUCAACUACAAUCAUGGAGGGCUGCGGGCUGUUGCCCACAUCUGGCAGGAGUUUGUCCUGGAGUUACGCUACAGAUGGGAAAACAACUACCUAAUUCAUGGACUGGCUGGUGGACCUCCUGAUCUUCGCUGUUGUCUUCUGCAUCAGAAGCUGCAGAUGCUGAACUGCUGCAUCGAGAGGAAGAGGGCCAGAGAUGAAGCUCGCAAGGCGCAAGAUGGAAGCAAAGAGAGAGAGCGCAAGGUGUCGGGCGGAGGCUCCCAGAACAGCUCCCCCGCACCAGAGGGAGGCGCGAGGGAGGUGUCUCAGGGGAAAUCCUGGGACUCGUGGAGCGACAGCGAGGACGAGUUCUUUGAGUGCCUGAGCGACCAGGGGGAGGCAGACGCUCCACACGCUGAGGGAGAGAAGGAGGGCAGUAAGAGUAAAGCAGAGGGCAGACUGCACCCGUACAACAGCAUGACUCUGCUCAACUCCACUGAGCCUCUCUACGUCCCUGUCACACAGGAACCUGCUCCCAUGACUGAGGAUCUGUUGGAGGAGCAGUCAGAGGUUCUGGCCAAACUGGGCACAUCAGCUGAAGGAACCCACCUCCGCGCCCGGAUGCAGAGCGCCUGUCUGCUCUCUGACAUGGAGUCCUUUAAGGCGGCCAACCCCGGCUGUGUUCUGGAAGACUUUGUACGCUGGUAUUCACCGAGGGAUUACGUAGAGGAGGAGGUGGUCGAUGAGAAGGGCAACACGGUGGUGAAAGGCGAGCUCAGUGCCAGGAUGAAGAUCCCGGGCAACAUGUGGGUGGAGGCUUGGGAGACAGCCAGAGUUACACCUGCACGCCGUCAGAGAAGACUUUUUGACGACACUAAGGAGGCAGAGAAGGUUCUGCACUAUUUAGCAGUGCAGAAACCUGCAGACCUGACCCGCCAUCUCCUGCCAUGCAUUCUCCACGCUGCUAUUCUGAAACUGAAGGAGGAAGAGUUGGUAGAAGACAUUCCAUCCGUCAAAAAGACCAUUCAGCAGGCUACAUCUCAGGCCAGCAAGCUGCUGCACCCCCACAACCAUGACUACAAGAAGUUAGAGGAUUUCAUUAACCAGUUGAUGGCCAUGGAAACAGUCAUCACCCGAGCUCGAUCGCUCAAAGCCAAGUUUGCCGUCAGCGAGGGCGAGAAGGGAGAGGACACAGAGCUGGAGAAGUUCGUGAGCUCCCUGUUGGAGGAACCGGAGGUCGUAGUGAUCGGAGGUGGUCAGGGUCCAGCAGGCAGCAUCAUCCACAGGCUGUUUGUCAACUCUCAGAGGCUGGCUGACUUCACCAGUGACGAGGCCGCCCUCCUGUCUCCGCUGGAUGAAGACGUGGGUCCCGACAGGAAGCCGAGCGGAGGGAGCAACAAAGUGACUGACUUCCCGUCUCCGGCGGGACGGGAGAUCCUGCUGCGGACGUGCGUCCCUCGGCCAGCGCCGUACUCCAAAGCUCUACCUCAGCGGCUCUUCUGCGUGCUGAUGAGGGAGGAGUUCAGGCUGGCGGGGGCCUUCUCCUCAGACACCUCCUUCUUCUGAGGUUCAACACCUUCGCACAGAGUUUCAUCUGACACCGUGCGCGGAGUGUAAUUUACACUGUGGAACCAGAAGCAGAGGAUCAGUGAAGGAGGUGAUUCACUUCAUUAACAAAAUGCUUGUUUUUAUUCAGGUUUGACAAAUCUGAGCUGACUCCAUAUCUCUACUCAACACAUUAAUGAGAAUUACUAUCUGAAGAAAUAGGAAGAGGUCCCUUUAUUUCAUGUUUGUGCUCCUACACAGCUGGAAACAUCAGGAGGGUUUAACAGUGUUGCAUGUGUAGAUAAGUGAGCAGCUGAAAACCGAGUGUUCAGGUCAGGAGGUUGGAUGAACAUCCACUCUCCACCAUGCUGGAUGUUUUUCAGUCAGAUCGCACAGCUAGUGUCAUACAUCUGCAUUUAUAUUAAAGUUCUCCACAGCAUUAAAUCAGCAUAAAAAUGUAACCAUUUAUACGCUGCAGUUCUGAUUUUAUUCUCUUUCAGUUAUCCAAUAACAGAAACGAAUGAAAUAAAAUGACUGGUGACUAAAUCACAUCUAGUUCUGGCUUUAGAAUUCACCACUGCUGAGCUAUAAAAUAUAAAUAAUUCUAAAAUACCUCCAGUGUCAUAACGUCAGCCACACGAUUCUCUUCUUCUGGUUUCCUUGAUGUAAGUUUAUCUGCUUCUUACUUUCAACACACCAAGUGACGACAACAUGAAACACUUCUGUUCCUGUGUUCAGGUGCAUGAGGGUUGACUGCUCCCUAGGCCUGGGCUGAUAUUCCAUAAUAUCGGAUAUUGUUGUAUUUCUCGCCAUAUGCGAUAGUUUUCUUUUUUGUUUUUUUUCUGCAGAUUUGCUCAGUAUGCUCUGUUGCCACGACGACACUCAUUUCACUGCUUUAGCGUAUGACAAAAAAAACUUUGGGCUGCUGUUUAGUGGCAUCAUUACUUAUACCUGAAACAUAGAAUACAACCACACAAUCAUAUGGUUAUACAAAUACUCCCAUUAUAUUGUAUAUCGCAAUAUUUGGGUUGCACAGUAUGGAGAUAUUGCACUUUGGAUAUGGCCCAAGCCUAGUGAUCCCACUUGUUGAUUAUAAUGUGCUAAUGGCAUGUUGCCACUAGCUUCCAGGCCUGAGCAGUUGCUGGUUCCUGAAGCACGAGAGCAUUUUGCACAUGAAGGCUUGUUGAUUCGUGUUUACCCUGCUUCAUAUUUACUGAUCGCAGCAGAAGCCAGUGCAGUCGCUCGUAGGCCUAAAUUCCAAUGUAAAAGUGUUGUCAUGUAAUGAUGAUAAAUGGUUUGUGUUAGACUGAUGUAACAAGUGAUGGGAGACAUCUGUUUAUUUAGGAGAUAUGUGCAAAGUACAUGUUUAAUGUUUAAUGUUGGUCCUAAUGUCUGCUAAUCUACAAUAAACGCAGCUCUCCUCUCA